UUCAUAUUUUCGUAGUAGUAAGAAUGGCGAUACUGCAUAGGGCUUUGUUUACAUGGUUUAUUUUUUUAGUUUUCUUAAUUUUGCUAUGUUUGAGAUUAGAAUCAAGAACUCAUUGGAAUUGGUUUAUAGUAUUUAUUCCCAUGUGGGUGUACGACAGUAUUUUACUAAUUUACGUUUUAUUUCAUAUGAUAUCUCAUUGUCGAAACGGUAUCGAAAGAUUUAAAGGAACGAUCAAUAAAAAUGUUUGGUACAUAGCAGCUAUAGGGCUCAAAAUGGCUGCACAAAUCAUAAUUUGUAUUAAAUUGGAAUAUACAAAACUUAAUUUGCCAAUAUAUGUAGUAAUGGCCCCUAUUUGGAUGUUGCUACCAGUGCUUUGUGUUAAAGUUUUCAUGCAUCUCAUAAAGAUUUCAAGUAGAAGCAGUAGAUAUUAA